AACAGGCUGAUACUUUUACACUCAGGGAAGCUGUUGGACAACACCCGCUCUCUGAAGCACCGAAGCCUCUCCUCUAAUGAUGCCUGUCUUUACGUAGUGUUAACCGACUCCCCACUUAAGCUGUGUAAAUUUUUCUACUAACUCUAUUUGACAUUCAGAUAAAAAUGCAAAUAUUUGCCAUUGCACUUGUAGCUCUUGUUACUACACAUGACGAGUGAGGGUAGAGAAACAAAAAGAGAGGAUGGAUCGUUCUUCCUGGAAGUACAGACAUGCAGGGAACAGUAAAGAGCAACAAAGUAGAAUCCUACAGUUAGGUUAAGAAUAUUAUUAUUAUGUUGAAAAAGAUUCUCCUUCAGGGAAACCCUUGUACCUAUAGUGGUUUUUAAAGGGCCCUCCUGAUAGUUCUCAACUCACUGAAGCCCUGUCAUCCAUCCUGAGAGCUCCAGUCCCUGGUAGUCAGAGCUCAGUACAGGUCUGAACACAUCCAGAGAACACACCUUGUUUUGGCAAUAACUCUUAACCAAUCUUUACUUCCUUGUAAUCCUACAAUUAUUAACUUUGGUUUCUACUAAUAAUAAAAACAAAUUUAUAUAAUGGCAGUAUUGCUGUAUUGGAAUUUUUUCUCCAAAUCUCCCCAGUGUCAUUUAAAAUAAUUACAAUACAGUCAGAUCAUUUUUAUUGACAACACGUCUGGAGCAACUGAUACCCUCUGUCCUUAAACAAGGGAAAAGCUCAAGGUAAAAAGAAGAACAACUUUAAGGAAAUGAAGAAUUCCAGGAAAAAUCAUCGGCCAGUUAACAAUUCAGUUUAUUGGCGGUGGGGGGCAAUUUGACCAUAUUUAAAUAUUGGGGGGGACGUAACUAUUAUAACUACUACCCUGAUACAAUAUAGGCUAUACAAAAAAUAACCUUAGAGCACAUGAGGCAACAUCCAAAUAUAUCCUUCACACAGUAAAACAAACACAGAUAGAAGAGGAGGAGACUGAUAUUUGCACUUGGCAGAGCUUUAAAAUAACAAAUACACUGACACUAAUCUGUCACACAAACACACACACCUCUACACGCACACACACACACACACGCGUGGGAAGGUCCCGCUAAGCCCCGCCCCUCUGCUCCUCGUUGAAACACGUGAUUGGUGAAGUUGUGUUGACAAAUCUCGGAGUACGAAGAUGAAGAGUUAGUUCCGAGACACGUGAAGAUGUCCGCAGCUGUGGACCGACUCCAGGGAGAAGUUUGUUAGUUUUACCAUACUUUAGUUUACUAGUUUCGUCUUCUGUCCUCCACCGGCUGUUAGCGUUAGCCACUAGCUAGCCGGCUAACUGUGCUAGCAGGAACAUGUGAGGGCGCCGCCGCUGUCACAGAGCCCCGAGCCGUGAUUAAACCAGGACAUCCGCGUGAGCUCAACCCGGGUAUGAUCAGCUGUCACCGGACGGAGCGCGAUGAAGCCCCCGGGCAGCACCUCCACCACCACCGGCUUCUUCAACUUCUCCUACGCGGAGGAGGAAGCCUCGGAUCCCUCCGCUCUCUCCUCCAGCACCACCAUGUCCAUCGAGAAGCUCUUCCCGGCUCUGCUGCAGUGCUUCGGGAUCAUCCUGUGCGGAUACAUCGCGGGGAGGGCGAACAUCAUCACCUCCAGCCAGGCGAAAGGACUCGGCAACUUCGUGUCCAAGUUCGCCCUCCCGGCGCUGCUGUUCAAGAACAUGGUGCUGCUGGACUUCGGGAACGUCAUCUGGUCGUUUCUCUGGAGCAUCCUCGUCGCCAAGGUGUCCGUGUUCCUGCUGGUCUGCGUCCUCACGCUGAUCGUAGCCAGUCCCGAGAGUCGCUACAGUAAAGCUGGGCUCUUCUCAAUAUUCGCCACACAGAGCAAUGACUUUGCUUUGGGAUUUCCUAUAGUUGAAGCCCUGUACCAGAACACCUACCCAGAGUACCUCCAGUACAUCUACCUGGUUGCACCCGUGUCCUUGAUGCUUCUGAAUCCCAUCGGCUUUGCCUUCUGUGAGAUCCAGAAGUGGAAGGAUCAGGGAAACCACCAGCAGAGCAAACUUCAGAUAGUGGGACUUGUGGUUUGGCAGGUCAUAAAGAACCCCAUAGUAUUCAUGGUUGUCAUCGGCAUUGUCGCCCACUUUGUCCUGCACCAGACAAUUCCUGCCUUCAUGGCUAACUUCCUGGAUGGCUUGGCCAACGCUUUCGGGGGAGCAGCUUUGUUCUACUUGGGUCUGUCCAUGGUGGGCCAGCUGGGAAAACUCACCAGAUCCACAGUUGGCACACUGAUAUUACUCAUCACCGCAAAACUGUUGCUAAUGCCCCUGAUUUGUAAGGAGAUGGUGGAACUGUUGGACAACAGCAACACCAGCUCGUUGAACCACUCCAGCCUCUCCAAUUAUGCCUUUCUUUAUGGAGUGUUUCCCACCGCGCCGAGUGUGGCUAUCUAUGCUGUCUAUUAUAACGCGGAGCUGGAAGUUGUAACCUCCGGGAUGGUGAUCAGCACUUUUCUCUCAGCUCCGAUAAUGUAUGCGUCUGCCUGGUUGCUCACGAUGCAAAGGAUGGAUCCUCAGGUUCUGAUGAAUUCACUGCAGAGUGUCAGCUUUGACAUAAGCAUAGUGAGCUUAGUUUUACUGGUGUGGACUAUUGCCGUCAUGUUUUUAAGUAAGAAAUCGAAAAGGCUACCUCACAUUUUCACAGUCAACCUUUUCGUGGCACAAUUUCUAACUUGUAUCGGGAUGAUCCUGUGGAACUUUGUGGUGAAGGAAAACAACUUCAUUGGGCAGGUCCUGACUUUCACAUUAUUAUGUACUUCACUCUACAGUACCUACGUGUGGCCAGGUUUAAUAGCGCUCUCCCUCGUGCUCAUGAGAAGCUCAGAGGAUCUGAAAGUUUCACCAGGUGUUUUGGUAAUCGCGGGCUGGGGGAUUCCAGCCUUGGUAACUGGUCUGUUGCUCAUUUGUGGGGCAAAAAUAUCCGACCCGAUUGACUCAUCAUUCUUUUAUGGCAAACCACAGAUAAUCUGCACCAUAGUAGUAGCUUCCCUUAGCAUACUGCUGGGAGGCAGCUCGCUUGUUUGUCUCAGUCGAGGAAGCUGGGCCCAGAAUGACCAAAUCCUGGAGGGAAACUCUUCGUCCGAUUUUGCAGAGGAUCUUGUGAUGGAAGUUGAACCAGAGAAUCAGACUCCUUUUGAGCCGGUCACCCCGUCCGGAGAUCUCAACAUCAACACCGCAUGCCUCAUAUGUGACUGUGCACCGCCCCAGCCCAUGCCUGACAUGAUCAUCAGCACAAAUAUGAACAACACACCAGUCAACCUCACAGCUCAGUGUGAGAAUAGGUGCGUGUCAACCGACUGCCUGCUCGUCCAAGUGGAAGAGCUCCAACAGGUUGCAGACAGACAGGUGGCCCGUCAUGUGCUCUUGUGUCUGCUGUUGACUGUCAGCUUGUUUGCUAACUUGUCCAGCUGCCUGUGGUUACUCUUUAACCGUGUUCCUGGUAGACUCUACUUGGAACUGCAGUUCUUCUGUGCUGUGGCCAACUAUGGACAGGGUUUCCUCUCCUUUGCUCUAUUUGGGCUGGACAAGCAUUUGAUUAUAUUACCAUUUAAAAAGAGGUUAUAUAAACUGUGGUAUGGAAGGAAGCGAAAGGAGCAGCUGCAGACGGAUUUACCUGAGGAAGUCAGGAUGACCUGCACCAAGUUCACCAAGUACCACAAGGACCAGUGUUUUCAUGACAUUGUUAAAAAGAGAAGGUGUGGGAAGAGGGCGACGGUUGACUGUUUUCUCGGCUGUGAACUUGUGGAGUGGCUUCAGCAGGUGGGCUUGGCUCAGGACCGUGGUGAGGCGGGGCUCUACGGGACGCAGUUACAGCAGGGCGGCGUGCUCCAGCACAUCAGGCAGGAAUACGACUUCCAAGACAGCCAGCUGCACUACCGCUUCAUAACAUAAGACAAAAAGAUCAAGGUUGAUGGUUCUUUUUUGUCAAAUUUCUGUUCAUAGAAGUGAUGUGGAGGAAUGACACUGAUCUUUUAAGAGUGCACACUGAAAAGUCAGCUUGCAGUGCCACACCCUGGUCUGCACCCAACAGCACAGUUGGGUGUUGAAAAAGACAUCAGAUUGGGAUCUUUGGUGUCACAUGAGUGCAACGUGCGUGAAACUGAAGGGCCAAGCCACUAUGCAUUUCCUGAAGUUGGUUUGAAAGGGAACCACAAAUUAAAGGUUCAGUGUGACGGAUUUAGUAGCAUCUCAACAGGUGACAUAAAACAUGAAAGGGCCACCUUUAAACGAAAGGUUUAACUACCUUGAUCUUAAUUUUGCAGUUUAACAUUUAACCCUAAACUCUCUAGGUUAAUUUGUGAAAUAUGGAAUUGCAGCACUGUUGUCAAUCAGGGCGGGAACAUGAGCUGUCAGAUGAUCACACUUGCAUAGAAACUGGGAGGAACAGAAGUGGCAGUUAAAAUCACUUGUGUGGAAAAACCAGAGCUCUAGUUUAGUCCAGGAAGUCGGUCUUCAAAUUCGAACAAAUCUCUAGAACAGAACAGAUGCUCCUCAGAUUCUCAAAUUUUAAGAUCUGCAGUUUCUCUUGCAAGUUAAUAAUCGCUCUUCACUGGUUGAUCAUUUACUCAUCUGUGUUCCUGACUCUUGAAGUGUUGUCACUACAGCCUUUAAUCUGCAGUAAAGUUUUUUUUAGUGAAAUUUGAACGUAACUAACUACAAAGAUUAGACUCAAGGUGUUUGCAUUUAACAAGCAUAUUUUCAAGUUAAGCAUUUCUAAUCCUUUGGGGUGGAACAAGCCUGGAAUAUUUUUUAUGUAGUAAAUACACUGGAACUUACAGUACUUUACAGUACUAUUUUAUGGCAUUAUGUGAGCAUUAAUCCACAGGGGGGUGCAGGUAAAAACUCCUGAAUCAGUAUUUCCUCUAUAGAUUUUAUUUUCGCUUUCCUACCAAAGAUACUCGCCAAAGGCAAAAAGGGAAAGAUGUGGUUUUUAAAUCCUAGUUCAUUUUUUCGAGUCAGUUUAAUGUAUGAUUAACUUUAGUUUCCCCAGUUAUUUUUUAACUGGCAAUGUAUGAUUAAUCACAAAUAAUGUUUCUUUGCUCCCCUGCAGCUUAGCAUGACUCUGCACUGAUAUAAAACAUUGUACUGUUAACCAGGACUGUGUGUGAGCAGUGCACAGUCACACACAGUUCCAAAAAACAAGCAACCAGUUUGAACAACAAAAACAAACGUCCACUGUAUUUCCAUUGCCUUGUUAUAUCCGUUAAAUUGUUUAAUAACAAGAAGCGCAAACAACAUUUCAAGAAAUUACAAAGGCCAUUAUCAUUAUUACAUGAACUUUAUGAACGUGGGAAUCUCAUGAAAGUGGCUUUCGUAGGAGCUGCUAUAAUUUAAAGUUUCACUCAGGUAUAUAUAUAUAUAUAAUGCAGUUAGAAACUUGUUUUUAUUUUAUAAGUGCAAAUAUUUGAGUUUAUUACUAACUCAAUCAAACAUUUUGGUCUUUUUAAUAAAAAAAUAUUUAAUUUACUGUUCAGCACAAAAUGUCUGUCAAAGGCUGUAUAUUUGUGAUUUUGAUUUAUUUAAAAAUAAAAUUUACAACUGAACCCUAAAA